CCUGCUUUGGCGGUACUCGCGCGCAUGUUAAGGAUGAGUGAGAAUGUCGCUGGCGUCACAUUGGUCGCUUUUGGUAAUGGCGCACCAGAUAUAUUCAGCAGCCUAGCUUAUCUCGAAAGCAAUACGCAUCGUUUGUACGCAGAUAUUUUCGCUUCCGCACUCUUUGUGGUCCUCAUUGUGGCUGGCGUUAUCUUUUAUGGUUUUCCAUUUGUGGCACAACCCUAUUUACUGUUACGCGAUGUGCUCUUCCUUCUACUCGAUAUUUGUGUUAUCGAUUUUAUAAUUAAGAAAGAUAAUGCUCUAUCCUUGCUUGAUAGUGUGAGUGAGUAUCGUUAUGUAAUUAUCUACAUAUGUUUAUAUAUUUUAUUUAUGUAUUGUUUUUGUAUUUUAGUCACACUUUGCAUUUACUUUUGUUACUUAUUUGUGGUCAUAUUUGAUCAGUAUCUAGUGCGACGCGCCACAAAGAUAUUGCAAUACAGAAGGAAUACCUUGAAGAGACUCUCCAAUAUGGAACUUAUUCGUCUCAAUGACCUGCGUACACAGGGUGUGAUUCGGCAGCAAAAGCGGUUGUCUUUUUUGGAUCGUCGUGAACCAAGUGUCAUAUAUACAGAUUCAAUGCAUUCGACCUUACCAACACUUUGGCAACAAUUCUAUUUAAGCCUCAAGCCAUAUGAUGAAAGCGAAUGGGAAGGAGCCAAACUGCCGACGAAAGGCUUCAUUAUAUUGCGUUUGCCGAUAUUGGCUAUACUCAAGAUAUUCAUACCAAUCACCGAUCAAGGCGAAGAAGGACACGGCUGGUCCCGGCUCUUGAAUUGCGCACAAAUAGUCUUAUUGCCAUCGUUUAUUUGCUAUGCUACCCUGAGCAAGUAUUCUCUAUUUGAUUUACCCAUUUUCGUAUGGUCCAUGUUGAUAGCAUUUCCAAUAGCAUGUAUAGUGUUUGUUAAAUCGACCACGAAUCGUACACCACUUUAUCAUCAGUAUUUCUCCAUUCUCAGCGUGGCCGGUUCGCUAUUCGUUGUGCGCAUUUGCUGUGCAGAGAUCGUCAAUGUGCUCGCUGUUCUCAGCAUCUUUACUGGUUUGAGUAGUUCCUUUUUUGGCGUCACGCUCUUAUCUUGGGCAAAUAGCAUUGGUGACUUGAUUGCUAAUCAAUAUUUGGCUCGACAAGGCUAUCAAAAUAUGGCACUCGCCGCUUGCUUCGGUGGACCUCUAUUCAAUUCUCUACUGGCGGUUGGCUCAACUUUGCUAUAUAAAACGCUAACAUAUGAGGACUUUAUGAUUAAGGAAUUUGGUGAAGGUGUGAUGGGCGAGAAUUGCACUAUAUUCCUUAUAAUAGGCUUGUUUGCCAUUUUACUGGGUGCUCUCACCACAGACUUCUAUUUUCGCCCCAGUUUCGGUGUUUAUGUUAUAAUUAUGUAUUGCUGUUUUUUCUUAUAUAAUAUUCUUGGUGAAUUUGAAGUGAUACAUCCAUAUGGCACCGAUCACAGAAUGGAUCAGGCCAUCGAACCGGAACUUUAA